AUGACGGCGAUGGGUCAAAGCCUUAGGGAAACCCAACGCCCGACAAGAUCUCUAGUGACACCCAAAAACAUUUUCACCAUCGGUCACUGGAAUGUGAGAACCAUGUACAGGGGAGGAGCUGCAGCACAGAUUGCGAGCGAGAUGAAAAGAUACCAUCUGGAUGUGCUCGGGAUCAGCGAGUGCAGGUGGGCAGGAGCAGGCAGGACGAGGUUGGCUACAGGACAGACGUUGAUAUACAGCGGAGAUGAUGAACUACACGAGGUAGGCGUUGCUAUAUUGAUAAGUCAACAGGCAGAGAAGUCACUCAUGGAAUGGACACCUGUCAACAAGAGGAUAAUAACAGCAAGAUUCUACUCGAGAUACAGAAGAAUGACUAUAAUUCAAGUGUAUGCCCCUCACAACGAGAGGGAGGAAGAGGAGAAAGAACAGUUCUACCAAGAAUUACAAGAAACAUUAGAUGGAUGCAACAGGAAUGACAUCACUAUCAUCAUGGGAGACCUUAAUGCUAAAGUAGGAAGUGACAACAGCGGGUACGAGAGGACUAUGGGCGUGCAUGGGCUGGGGAUGCAAAAUGAUAAUGGAGAAAGAUUAUGCGAGUUUUGCCAACUGAAUGGACUUGUGAUAACAGGUACAUUAUUCCCAUACAAGAACAUCCACAAAGCAACAUGGGUAUCUGCAGAUGGAAGAAUAAAGAAUCAGAUUGACCACCUCCUGAUCAACGGUAGGUGGAGAUCAUCUGUCCUGGACACACGGGCACAGAGAGGAGCUGAUAUCAAUAGCGAUCACUACUUGGUGAGGACACGCAUCACGCUGCGCCUCAGUACCCACAGAAACAACAACCAUGUAAAGCCGAGGUUAGAUGUGGAUUGA